CACGGCGUCACAUUCUCGUGUGAACGGAAUGCAGAAAGGACGAAAGGGAAGGACGGAAAAGGCCAAAGUGAUAGAGAAAGAAGGGCAAGAAGGGGGUAGAAAAUGAUAAACGCUAGGCGUGUCGGCGUCAGUUUUUGGAAGAAUUGCCGAUGACAUUCGGCGUAUUGUUGAAAAGUGAAGCUACGUGUAGUGCCGACGGGGAAAAUUUUUGUGGAUGAAUCAGCCUCCAUGAACGGGACGCGAACUACAUGGGAUAAAAUAAUGAGCGUUGGGACUGUCGACGGGGCACGCAACGGGUAGCGUGCCGUCAAAAUCAUCCACGAGGUGCUCCGAAAUCUAAUUUCCGAGGAACGAGAUCGAGAUGUCUGCGUGGAUCUAGUUUGCCAGUGUGCAGAGAAGGGUAUGCUUGUUUCGGGUAGAGUUUGGGCUGCCUGUCCCGGGUAUGGAGACGGAGAGCAUAAAAUCAGGGGCUAGUGAGCAUAGCCAUAGCUUGCAUAGCAAGGGUUCUCAGAAACACCAUAGGUCUCACAGCAACAAAUCUCACCAUCGACACAACUCACAUCGAAAUACGAGUAGGAGUAGCAGAGGUCAAAGGAAGGACCGUCUCAAUCUCGAGACGAAUGAUAUGGCCCCAUUUCAAACGACAGUGAACAUACGAGGUGACAGUGUCGACAAUAUGGGCCAAGAAGUGAUCGAAGUGCAAAUUCUCCCUCAGGAUGAGAACUGGGGCGAAAAUACGACCGCCAUCACCGGCAACACCUCGGAUCGUUCCGAAUCGACGGAAGAUGUCAGCCAUUGGCCGACCGAGAGCGAGACUUCGUUCGGCUUCAAGUGCCAUCGUUAUGUCGGCUCGAUGGUCGCAAUGUUUCUGGGCCUUGGCGCCUUUCUAAGUCCAAUAGCUAUGGUCAUAUUGCCAAAAGUAGCAUCCUACCCCGACUAUUUAUCAAUUCUGCCGGUGCAAAAGAAGCAGCAGUUGUUUGCCUGCAAUGCCGAGUGCAAGGGCCAGCUACUCGGAUUAACGUUUAAAUUAGUUUUACUAGCGAUAGGAACUUGGGCCGUCUUUUUACGACCGAGAAAUGCCACAAUGCCGAGAGUUUUUCUCUUCCGGGCUGGAGUUUUGGUUCUAACGAUGCUCUGCAUUUGUACUUAUUGGCUGUUUUAUAUUGUACAGUUAACGGAGAUUGCAAAGACUGUUGCUAAUGGCGAGUUGUCGGAAUACAAAAAUCUCGUGGCUUAUGCGAGUACGUUCACGGAUACGCUUUUGUUUAUCCAUUACGUUGCUGUUCUCUUAAUUGAAAUUCGUCAAUUGCAGCCUACCUACUAUUUAAAGGUGGUGAGAUCUCCAGACGGUGAGUCAAGAUCGUACGCAAUCGGACAAUUGUCAAUUCAGCGAGCGGCUGUCUGGGCCCUCGAAAGAUACUACACCGAAUUCUCAAUUUACAAUCCCUAUUUGGAUCGACUGCCAGUCUCGAAAUCAGGUAGGAAACAGUCGAGUUUCAAAUUCUACGAUGUCGAUGGAACCGUGACGACAAUGAGCGGCGGUGGCGGCGGCAGUGUUCAGAGUAGUCGAGGUGGCAACGGUGGCGACCGUGCAGUUCUUGCCGCACAGGCGCGUCGCCGCGACUCCAGUCACAAUGAGCGCUUUUACGAGGAGCACGAUUACGAGAGGCGGGUCCGCAAACGACGAGCUCGUCUAAUAACAGCCGCUGAAGAGGCCUUUGCCCACAUCAAACGGCUCCACUCCGACUCGGAUUCGGCGCCGAAUCCGGGACCAAUGGACCCGAUGGAGGCGGCUCAGGCCGUCUUUCCCUCGAUGGCGAGGGCGCUGCAGAAGUAUCUGCGAGUGACGCGACAGCAGCCGCGCCACUCGGUCGAGUCGAUUCUGGGUCGUCUGGCUAGGUGUCUGGCUCAGGACGCGGCACCGAAAGCCUUUCUCGAGCCCUUCUUCACCGCGAGUCCUGUCCUCGCGCACGAGAAGGAACGACAGAGGAGGUCGCAUCACUGGGCGCUGGUUUGUGAGGGCGAGUUGCCCUCACGACUGCUACAGGAUGGAUGUGAAUUUCAGCUGCGACAGGGCGAGGUUGCUCUACUCUGCACGGUCUAUCGACUGCCGCACUUCAAUCUGACGGAGCAACUCGCUCAUCCGAAAUCGAACAAGUUUCUGCUCAGGCUUAAUUCGGAAACGUCGGUGUAACGAUUAUGUUGUAGCCAGGUUGUGUUCAUAGAUAAGUGAGAAAUUGUGGGUGUCCAGUGUGAUGUUGGAAAGCUUGAAAAAUCGGGAAUUUUUGUUGAAUUUUGUCUGUCUUGUUUGAAAGUUAUAGGAGCCUAAAUUACAUUACAAACUGUAAUGGAAAAUACUAAAUUUUUAAAUUCGUAGGAAGUGUUAAGAAAAAUAAUAGGUUAUUUAUUCCUACUGAAUACUUGGCUAAAUGAAAUUAGCCUAAUUCUUAAUGAUAACGAAAAUAUAGCCUAUUAUUUGUAGAACCCAUCGACUUGAUUUUUGAGUAUUGAGUAAGGCCAUACAUACCACUUGGUGGACUGAAAAGCAUUGAUUACACUUAGAGUUCUUAAAUUCCCGAGAAUUUAAGGGCAUGUGAUACAGCUAAAUACCUAUAUUACC